CUUUAGAGAUCAAAUGAGGAUCUUAAUCGGAGACGGAAGAACGACUCGCCCAAAAAGAAUUGUUACGAAAGAUGAAGCUUUUAACCAAGCAGGGGAUCAUCAAGUCUCAAACAGAAUGUGCACCGAACAAUGGCUACUUUCUUAUUCCAUUGUAUGACAAGGGAACAUUUGUGUUGAAAAUUGAGCCUCCUGUUGGUUGGAGUUUUGAUCCAAACAGUGUGGAAUUAAAUAUAGAUGGAACCACAGAUAAAUGUAGCAAAGGAGAAGACAUAAACUUUAUUUUUACUGGUUUCACACUCUCUGGAAAGGUUGUUAGUAAUGGUAGAGAACUUGGACCGUCUGGGGUGGAAAUUUCUCUUCAGGAAUCAGCAGCAAUAAAAGAUUUGUUGGGGUUACAACUCUGA